AUGAUAGCCAUUGUACCGAAAAACUCACAACCCUCCUGUCCCCUAAGACCAGAGUAUACAGAGAUAAUGACAGUGGACUCUAGGGAUAAGACUGACAAACUGUACAGUGUUUCAGAAUUACCAAAACAGCAUAUUGAGAUCACAGAACACAGAGGGGGCCAUGAUGACCCCAUCCCAGAGGAGCCUGCUGUUUUGCCUGGAAGGUUUCCCAGAGACUAUGGGCUGAGGAGGAAGUGGGAAGCAGUUCUGAGGAGAGAGGGGUUUGCUGCAAAUGAUGAGUGGGUGCUCUGCAGUGAUCAUUUUAAACCUGUGAGUUUGACAGGGCUGAGCAGGUUUGUUGGCUUAGACCUGGUGUCAUUCCCGACUCAUUCCCAACUCAUCUUGGAAGAGUACGUGCCAGAAAGACCACGAACAAGCAGCCUUGAGAUCUUAGGCAGCAUCUCCCUGAGACCAAAGAACUACAGACUCUUCACAACCUGCUCAAACUCUUGGUACAGGACCUCACCACACAGAUCAAGAAGGUUUCCGUCUCAUUUCUUCUCUGAAGCUCACCUUCUCCUGCUCAAACUGCUGACAAAUGUUUCUGCUGCUCUAAAGUCUGGUCUCCAGAACUUCCUAAAAACUCUCAAAGUCUCUUCUGCUGCAGGUUGCUUUGUAGAACUGUUGCAGAAAACCUCACUAAACCACAUGGAGGGGCCUCAAGAUAGUCGUCCAAAUGAAACCAUACAAAAACCAAACUAGCACAACCCAAACGCUAAAGUCUCCUGCAGCCUACCAGAGAACCUCUGAGAACAGAGAAUCAGGACAGGAGCUCUUACCUUCUGGACAACCAACCUUGGUUCACAAACAAGAAUACAGAAUGUGUCUGACCAAAAACCUCUAAAGACUCACUACAGCCAAGAUAAAGACACAACUCAGCUGCAGCAAAUCCACUAAUCACUGCACACAUUAGCACCAUGUCCUAACUGUGGCUAAAGAACCACAUUUACUAAGACAACUAUCCAGUACAAAGCCCUAAAACACACCAAGAAACACAUUAAAGAUGAUUUUACUGCUGGAAGCUGCAAGCCAACGCCUAAAGAACAGACUAAAGCAACGGAACCAAACCCGGUUCACUGGUGAAGAGAAACAGAGCAAAUGUUUGCAGCCAAAUAAAGCAGGAAGACACUGAGCUGCUCAGGUGUUCCUGAUAACACCAAGCAGCCACCUGGACAGCCAAUAGGAACACAGCUUCCUGGAAGUCCAAAGGGCUGGGUUAGUCAAGUAAAUUUAGUUUGAAGUUGCGCCAACAUUUUUUUGGCUGCUUUUAUUUCAGUUAAAAGAAGAGAUGAUUGUGAUCUGUUUAGGUUGAGAUCUGAGGUGUCGUUCAGAAGUAAUACAAAUGGUGUACAUGGAAGUGUGAUGUUCAGGGCCUCUGAUAGUGAGGAAGAGACCAUUUCGCAAAAAGAUUUUAUGUUUUAAGGUUUUCUUUGGAGAAAAAAUCAUCAUGAAUUUUGGCGCAAAAAACACCAUAGUAUACGAUGUCGAAAAAAAAAUGCCAUUUUUUAACAUGUGAAAAUAUGCCAUAUGAUGAAAUAAUGUAAAGCAGGCUGCAAAAAACACUCCAGAAAGGUUUUCUUUGAAAAAAAAAAUCAUGAUGAAUUUUGGCGUAAAAAAACGCCAUAGUAUACUCUGUCAAAAAAAAAAUGCAAUUUUUCAACAUGUUGUAAAAACGUGCCAUAUGAUGAAAUAAUGUAAAGCAGGCUGCAAAAAACACCCCAGAAAGGUUUUCUUUGAAAAAAACAAUCAUUAUGAAUUUUGGUGCAAAAAGAAAAACGCCAUAGUAUACUAUGUCGAAAAAAAAAUGCGAUUUUUCACCAUGUUGUAAAAACGUGCCAUAUGAUGAAAUAAUGUAAAGGAGGCCGUGAAAAACACCCCAGAAAGGUUUUCUUUGAAAAAAAAAUCAUCAUGAAUUUUGGUGCAAAAAAAUGCCUUACUAUACUAUGUCGAAAAAAAAAUGAGAUUUUUCACCAUGUUGUGAAAAUGUGCCAUAUGAUGAAAUAAUAUAAAGGAGGCUGUGAAAAACACUCCAGAAAGGUUUUCUUUGAAAAAAAAAAUCAUCAUGAAUUUUGGCACAAAAAAACACCAUAGUAUACUAUGUCGAAAAAAAGUAUGAUUUUUCAACGUAGUUUUUUUUUUUUUUUUUUUAAUUAAUUCUUUAUUUCAUUUUACAGUUUUUUACACUUACAUUCUAAAUACAGUGUUCCUGUCAACAGGUCCCCAAGUGCCCACCUCCCCCAUCCCAAAACCAAUACAACACAACAUAAUAAACCAAGAAUCCAACACAACACAUAAAGUAAUAAUAGUAAUUAAUAAUAAUGAUAAGAAAAAAAAAAAUAUAUAUAUACACAUACACAUACAUAUACACACACACAUACAUAUAUAUAUAUAUAUAUAUAUACAGACAUAUACACAUAUACAUACACAUACAUACACAUAUACAUUUUAAUCUCCCUUUGUGGCACCUUCUUUCCACCCCCCAUCCCCCCACCCCCAUGUCCCAGGUGUCCACACUUAACCAUUAAUACAUUUUUUUUCCUUUUUCUUUUUUCCCCUUUUUCCUCUUCCUGUUCUUUUCCCCCUUUUUUCCCUUCUUUUUCCUCUGUCUUUUCUUCCCCUUUUUCUUCUCUUCUUUUUACAUCAUGUGAUUGAUACAUGAAUUAAUCACAACUAGUCAAGGAUUAAUUGCGACUUUGAUUGUUCAUGGAUCAGUCACUUCACCAUCUUCCUUCUUUUACUCAAAUACAGAUACUAGAACAACGAAACAGCCUAGCCCCCAAGCAGGCUUACACGUCUUCAGAGUUAAACAUGUAAACAAUCAAAAGCAACCUUAGUUUAUUAACAUGUAGAGAGCACAGGUUAGUUAUGGUGAGUCCAUUGAUUGCUCCUUUUUAAGCUGGUAUUUAUAGCCACGUUUUAACCCUUUCAAUCAUAUCUUGCCAGGCUGCGAUUGUUCUUGCUUUUGAUCCAUGCAUUCUAGCAACAGACAGUUCCAUGUUCAAAAUGUCCAAAUAGGUCACUUUCCAUUGUUGUCUUGAUAGUGUGUUUGGUGUUUUCCACCUUUGCGCCAACAUUUUUUUGGCUGCUGUUAUUUCAGUUAAAAGAAGAGAUGAUUGUGAUCUGUUUAGGUUGAGAUCUGAGGUGUCGUUCAGAAGUAAUACAGAUGGUGUACAUGGAAGUGUGAUGUUCAGGGCCUCUGAUAGUGAGGAAGAGACCAUUUCGCAAAAAGAUUUUAUGUUUUAAGGUUUUCUUUGGAGAAAAAAUCAUCAUGAAUUUUGGCUCAAAAAACACCAUAGUAUACGAUGUCGAAAAAAAAAUGCGAUUUUUCAACAUGUUGUAAAAACGUGCCAUAUGAUGAAAUAAUGUAAAGGAGGCCAUGAAAAACACUUCAGAAAGGUUUUCUUUGAAGAAAAAAUCAUCAUGAAUUUUGGCGCAAAAAACACCAUAGUAUACUAUGUCGAAAAAAAAUGCGAUCUUUCAACAUGUUGUAAAAACGUGCCAGAUGAAAUAAUGUCAAGGAGGCCGUGAAAAACACUCCGGAAAGGUUUUCUUUGAAAAAAAAAUCAUCAUGAAUUUUGGCGCAAAAAAAACGCCAUAGUAUACUAUGUCGAAAAAAAAAUGCAAUUUUUCAACAUGUUGUGAAACAUGCCAUAUGAUGAAAUAAUGUAAAGCAGGCUGCAAAAAACACUCCAGAAAGGUUUUCUUUGAAAAAAAAAAAAUCAUCAUGAAUUUUGGCGCAAAAAAAACGCCAUAGUAUACUAUGUCGAAAAAAAAUGCGAUUUUUCAACAUGUUGUAAAAACGGGCCAUAUGAUGAAAUAAUGUAAAGCAGGCUGCAAAAAACACCCCAGAAAGGUUUUCUUUGAAAAAAAAAUCAUCAUGAAUUUUGGCGCAAAAAAACGCCAUAGUAUACUAUGUCGAAAAAAAAAUGCGAUUUUUCAACAUGUUGUAAAAACGUGCCAUAUGAUGAAAUAAUGUAAAGCAGGCUGCAAAAAACACCCCAGAAAGGUUUUCUUUGAAAAAAAAAAUCAUCAUGAAUUUUGGCGCAAAAAACCGCCAUAGUAUACUAUGUUGAAAAAAAAAUGCGAUUUUUCAACAUGUUGUAAAAACAUGCCAUAAGAUGAAAUCAUGUAAAGAAGGCAGUGAAAAACACUCUAGAAAGGUUUUCUUUGAAAAAAACAAAUCAUCAUGAAUUUUGGCGCAACAAAACGCCAAAGUACAGUAUAUCUGUGGGUACAACUACCCACCCUGGACAGAAAACCCCGCCCAGAGCCAUUUGAUUGACAGCUCAGUUCACCAAUUAUAAGCAAAGGCUUUUGUCUUUGCUUUUACUUGGUGGACUGAGGAAUGACAAAAUGAAAAAGAAAAUACAAAACGGAAAAGACAACGAUGAAAUGGAAAAAUAAAAGGAAAAAAGCGAAAAGGGAAAAGCAAAGACAUUUUCCUUUUUAUUUAUUUAUUUACCUUCAUGUUUCCACAUUCAUUUAUUUAUUUCUCUUUAUAUUUCCACAUUAUUUAUUUAUUUCUCUUUAUAUUUCCACAUUUAUUUAUCUAUUUCUCUUUAUAUUUCCACAUUUAUUUAUUUAUAUUUUAUUUUAUUGUGGCACUCCUGUGACUCCAUAGGCUCUCACAUGGAUAUAGAAAUUAAUCGCCAUAAAGAAACAGAAAACAACAAAAUCCUUUUUCUUUUCACUUCUUUCUUGCUGUUUUUCUGCUGCUUCAAAGCCUGUAACUCUCUGCUGUGCCCUAGGGUUAAUUAACAUGAACCAAACAGUGAAUGAUCAGAGAGAAUGGGAAAUCUCCAAAGGUUAAGUGUCACAUGGGAAGCGUGUUGUCAGAAGAAGGAGAGGAGGUAGGCUGCUUUUUUUUUCUUUUUCUUUUUCUGCACGUUCAAAAUCAAAUGAGAGCGCAGCGGUGCAGAGGGAAGAAAUUUGUAGACACCUUUCCAAAACUUUGCAUUUCUCCUGUCAGAGGGGCAGAGCUUCACAGUCUGGCUUCAAACAAUAUCUGUAAUUCCAUGACAUUUUGAUGAGCGAAAGAACUCCGCAGUUCUCUCCAACUUGCUGAUCUUUCAACGGAUUUGUUCUCCAUCCCGUGCAUCAUUAUAAUUCACUUUAGGGAAGUAUGCACAACACCAUUUCAUAAUGUGAUAAGCAAAAAGCUCGAGGAAGAAAAAAACACAUCCAUCACAAAGUUAAUCACUGCUUUUAUAGACCUACUCAUUGAAAUUGUGUCUCCUCUUGGUAUCCCCGCAGGGAAAAAGAGAAAAUGACUUCAUGAUCCACAGAUAUCCUGGAUAGCAUGUCUUGCAGGUGAAACAGUAUGAUUUCUCUCUGUAAUAAUUAACAUGGGCUCCUCUUCUGUCCCUGUGGCUUGUCGCUGACAUUUGGUUCAUGCUCGAGUGUCUGCCUAGCUGAUUUCAAUCUCUUGCAUGAAGGUGAGGCCGUGUUUGUAUGUGUGUGUGAGUGAGUGUGUGUGCAUGCAUUGGGUCCAGUGGCCAGUCUGACAAGGACACCGAAGGCAGGGUCUGCCUUCAGAAGACAGGAUUAAGCAUCAUGACAAUAUGGAUUAAAGACCCCCUCAGUCAAUCCCAGACCUCCAGCAGGUUAGAAGUUGAAAGCCAAACGCUGAAACACAAAUGAGUCUUGUCAGUGUGUUUGUGCUCCGGCAAAUCUGCAUUAUGUAAAGGGUCAUAUCUCACCCGCCACUGAAUAGAUAUUUGACAAUUCCUAAAUUUAUCACGCUGAUCUCUAUACAUUUUAUCUGCACUGACAAACCAUAUUGAUUUACGCCGUGCUCCGAGGAUGAAAACACCUCAGAAUGGUCACCUCGCCCACCGCCACAACGGGCCUUAUUUUACAUUAUUACAUUAUGUAUGCAGGCUUGAGUAUGGAUAAUGGAUGAAUCUAAAGCAAAGCAGUUUAAUUACCCACCAUCAUUCUGUCUCACCUAGCUGCAGAGCACACAUCUUAUUAGCCAUGGUGUAAAUAAACAUUAAUAUGCCACCCUGAUAAAGACCGUCCUCCCCCUUGCAGUUCUUGCUGUGUUAUCAUCGUUGCUGCAAAGUACACACACCCAAACUGAUCCAGUGGCAUGUGCAAACAACAGAGGAGAUGCUGAAGCCGGGGCCAGACCAUUACAACCACUUCACAGAAAAUUAUCAUUAGUGCAUCUGGCUUGAGGCCACGCAGCCCCCAUCAAAAGAUUAAACUGUACACACCGGAUUCAUACGUGGACCCUGAAUGAUCAAAUGAUACAAAACAGAAACCCUGUGCUUCUAUAAUCUUUGUUAAAGAGUUGACCAAAGCAAGUGACUUGGUUAUAAAAUUCCAGUAAGUGGCAGAAUAGGCACAGGGGAUGAGGGACGUCCCUGUAGGAUAACUGAAGAGGAGACAUAGAUAUAUGAGGGGAUAUAGACGUAUAGCAUGUAGGUUAAGCAGCCACAGGGUAUUCUCAUCCUCAUAGCAUGUAAGUGUAGUGGCAAUAGAGAGUAAGCUUCAAGCAAAGAGAAAACUCAGCAUCCAGUCCAGCUCUGAGCAUCAAACACUGCUGAUCUGAUAAACUACAAUAUCUGAAAGUCUACUUGUGUCUCCAGGCAGAGUUUACAACAAACUGAAUUGUGACUGGCAUCAGACAUGAUUUAACUCGCAAUUAAUGCAGUUUUUUAGGAUUCACUUUAGGUCUAACUACCGUGUUAAACAGGCUGAACUGAAGCCGUAGAUCCAUAGUGUAUUUCAAGUAUAACCUUGUUGAGAUUUUAGUUCUUUUGGCUUCUCAAGAUGACAGAAGCUGAACUCUUCAAAGACAUACAUUGUGUUGCAUGUACACUAAGCUCUUUUAUAAACUUCUCCAUAUGUCUUUUUUGUCUGCAGAUGGACUGACUGCAGCCAAAACCCAAGAGGAGACAGGCCUUAUUCUGCUCUCUUAUGUUGUUUCAAUCACCAGUCUACUGUACAAAGGAGGCAGCCUGAUGGCAUGAUGAGUGCACAGCGCUCAUCUGCCUGCGCUGUUGUCUCAGUUUGAGCCUCAUAAAAGGAAGCGGGCCUGACGAUGCCAGAGGCAGAGGAUCCGGCUCCACGGUCUGAGCAGAGAAACAUCAGCAGAGCGCCAUUCUUUAGAAGGAGAUGUCCUUCAGUGUGGUGCCAACUCUCCCUGGGGCAGCAGCAGAAGACACAGCCUCUUAUUUACCAUAUACAGGAUCUCUCCGUGCCCUUAAUGAGCCAGGAUAUUCAGCAUCACAGAGACAAAGGCCACGCUUUCACUGAAGAAGCUGUGGUUUUGCUGAAUUAAAUAAUGAUAAUUAAGAAAAUAUUAAUCAAACUGUGGCUCUCUGUGCUCUGUAGAUGUGUUGAGGGAGCGGGUCUUCCAGCUUAGCCUGUAGGAGUUCUCAUUUAGAGUAUGCCUGCGACCUAUAGAGCUGCAGGCAAACGCACGCACACACACACAAACACACACAGAUGCACACAAUUAAAAGCAGACCCUGGUGGCCUUCUACUCUAUAAUUAAACACCCUUUGGUGCUCUGCACAAAAAUACUGAGCCGGGUUCAGAUGUGUCAAGGAGAGUGAAAGGAAACGUUAAGGAGCUGUUGGUUCUCCACGUCGCAAGUUCUGUUCAAUGCAAUGAAUUAAUAAAAAGC